UGAAGACAGCACAAUAAGAAAGUCGAAACACAAUGUUUGUAUAGUGGUGGUUGUUGAUGAUCACAUUCAAUAUAAUGCACAGGAACUAUGUUGUGAGACACUUGCGUACGUGCAACUCACAUUCUGUGUGUAUGAGUAAGAGUAGGAGUAGGAAACCAAGCAAAAGAAGCCACUCUGCAUCUUCCAACAACUCCGUGAAAUUCGAAGACCCUGACAUUGUGACAUGGAACAAAGCCAUUUCCACCCACAUGCACAAUGGCCAUUAUCAGUCUGCUCUUCGUGUCUUCAACUCUAUGCCUCGUCGGAACUCUGUUUCCUACAACACCAUGAUAUCUGGGUACUUGAGGAACGCCAAAUUCACCCUUGCAAGGGAUCUGUUUGAUAGAAUGCCUGAAAGGGACUUGUUUUCCUGGAAUGUUAUGCUUACUGGGUAUGUCAGGAACUGCAGACUCGGCGAUGCCCGCAAGUUGUUUGCUUUAAUGCCUGAGAAGGACGUUGUUUCCUGGAAUGCCAUGUUAUCUGGGUAUGCGCAGAAUGGGUUUGUUGGUGAGGCAAGGGAGGUUUUUGAUAAGAUGCCUCAUAAGAAUUCCAUCUCCUGGAAUGGGCUGCUUGCAGCGUAUGUUCAGAAUGGGAGGCUUGAGGAAGCUCGUAGCUUGUUUGAGUCCAAAUUGGACUGGGAACUGAUUUCUUGGAAUUGUUUGAUGGGUGGGUAUGUGAAGAGGAAGAUGUUAGGUAAUGCUAGGAAGCUUUUUGAUCAAAUGCCUGUUAGGGAUGUAAUCUCCUGGAACACUAUGAUUUCGGGUUAUGCCCAGAAUGGAGAUUUGUCGCAGGCUAGGAAGUUGUUCGAUGAGUCUCCGGUGAGGGAUGUUUUCACAUGGACAGCAAUGGUGUCUGGAUAUGUUCAGAAUGGAGCAUUGGAUGAAGCCGGAAAGGUUUUUUAUGAAAUGCCUGUAAAAAAUGAAAUUUCUUACAAUGCAAUGCUUGCAGGCUAUGUCCAACACAAGAAAAUGGAGAUGGCUAGGGAGUUGUUUGAGGCAAUGCCUUGUCGGAAUAUAGCUUCAUGGAAUACCAUGAUUACCGGCUAUGGUCAGAAUGGAGGUAUAGCUCAAGCUAGGAAGUUGUUUGAUCUGAUGCCUCAGCGAGAUUGUGUAUCUUGGGCGGCUAUUAUUGCUGGUUAUGCUCAGAAUGGUCAUUAUGAAGAGGCUCUAAACAUGUUUGUGGAGAUGAAACGGGACGGAGAAAGUUCAAAUAGGUCUACUUUUAGUUGUGCAUUGAGCACAUGUGCUGAUAUUGCAGCCUUGGAGUUAGGGAAACAAGUUCAUGGGCAGGUGGUGAAGACAGGAUUUGAGACUGGGAGUUUCGUGGGAAAUGCACUUGUUGCGAUGUAUUUUAAAUGUGGAAGCACAGGUGAAGCAAAUGAUGUGUUUGAAGGAAUAGAGGAGAAAGAUAUUGUCUCUUGGAACACAAUGAUAGCUGGUUAUGCCAGGCAUGGAUUUGGCAGGCUGGCUUUAGUGGUGUUUGAGUCAAUGAAGAAAGCAGGUGUUAAACCCGAUGAGAUUACUAUGGUUGGCGUUUUGUCUGCGUGUAGUCAUUCUGGCUUGAUAGACAGGGGAACUGAAUACUUCUAUUCAAUGAAUAGGGAUUACGGUGUGACGCUAACUUCGAAACAUUAUACUUGCAUGAUUGAUCUUCUAGGAAGAGCUGGUCGCCUGGAAGAAGCAGAUAACUUAAUGAGAAACAUGUCUUUUCAGCCAGGUGCUGCAUCAUGGGGAGCACUGCUAGGUGCAAGCCGGAUUCAUGGAAAUACUGAACUAGGUGAGAAGGCUGCUGAGAUGGUUUUUAAGAUGGAACCUCAUAACUCAGGGAUGUAUGUCCUUCUUUCAAAUCUAUAUGCAGCUUCAGGCAGGUGGGUCGAUGUUGGCAAGAUGAGAUCAAAAAUGAAGGAUGUUGGUGUGCAGAAAGUAACUGGGUAUAGUUGGGUUGAGGUACAAAACAAGAUUCAUACGUUUGCAGUCGCAGAUUGUUUCCAUCCGGAAAAGCAUAGAAUAUAUGCCUUCUUAGAAGAGCUAGAUCUAAAAAUGAGGCGCGAGGGAUAUAUUUCUUCAACAAAGUUGGUUUUGCAUGAUGUGGAAGAGGAAGAAAAGGAGCAUAUGCUCAAGUAUCACAGUGAGAAAUUAGCUGUAGCGUUUGGAAUUCUGACUAUACCGCCUGGCAGACCAAUCCGUGUCAUGAAAAACUUGCGUGUUUGUCAUGACUGUCAUAAUGCCAUCAAGUACAUAUCCAAGAUUGUUGGAAGGCUGAUUAUCUUAAGGGAUUCUCACCGCUUUCACCACUUCAAUAAUGGUGUUUGUUCCUGUGGGGAUUAUUGGUAAGAAUGGAAAGACGUGGUGAAACUUGAUUAGUUGCAAUAUUUGGGUCUACUUUUAUGUGAUCGAAGAAGUGUUAAGAGCAGUGAUAAGCUCAUUUAUGAUUGCCAUGCUCGUUAUGGAAUCAGUAUCCACGUGAAGGAAUAGAACGACAAAGUUAUCAGAAAAUAUUAAUUACUGAGACUUUUUCAGUCACAAAGUAUCAUCGUCUGAUGAAAGUUGGAAUCCGGCAUCUCCUUGAAUUACAUCACAGAGAAGUUAAUAGAAUUGCAUCAUGUAUGACAUGCAAAGAAUAAAUCCAAGGGUAAGCUGACACCUAGUGGAAUACCCUUCAUAAUACAAGCAACUUGUCGAAGUAUGGGUACCUAAGAAGUAAAUCUGAUCGCGACAGCAACUACUUGUUUACAUGGGUUGCCACUUACUUCCCACCCCCACCUCGUCCAAAAAGAAAACUAUAAUAAAUAUAAACCCACACCUUGUGCGGCAAAUUUAAAAGUUGGUAGAUUUUAUUUAGUUGGGUUUUGUUUUUUGGUGUACAGCAAUGAUAUCUUCUAGCUAACAGUCACAUACAGAUCACAAAAGUGGCUUUAU